AAAUUCUCACAAGAGGCUACCCUUAAUCUAGGGCAUCAGGAAAGAGACAUCUUUCUUCUUUACACAGAUUUACAGCGAAAGGAAAAAUUUAAAACCCUGAUUGUCUAUUUUCUGCCCGGAUCCAUCUCCUUCCCGCCGACAUCGGACGCAUCCUCUCUCCUGAUCCGGAUUUUGAUCCACCCACAUUCGGAAAGAAACCCACCUGAUUUUGACAGGAUCCGAAAAUCGAGUCGUCAGAGAAAUAUUAGGAUCUAUUUUCAAUCAUUUUGGUGCCGAGGGGGAGGAGAGAGCUGAGUUUUAUAUUGAGGCAUUGCUCCGGCUGGAGGUAGAGAAUGCUUUCCCCUGCCAGGACCUGAUGCAAUCCAUUCAAGCCAACAAGUUUGGAGAGAGAAUGUUGAGUUCAAUCAAUUCAGAACGGCGAGAUGGAGCCCAACUCAGUCCAGUGGGUCGGCUCACCGUGUGGCUUACACGGACCUUACAUUUUCUACAAGGCUUUUCAAUUCCACCUUGAAGGCAAACCAAGAAUUUUGUCCCUCGGCGACUUUUUCUUUGUAAGAUGUACGCCGAAGGAUCCGAUUUGCAUAGCGGAGCUCCAGCUGCUGUGGGAAGAAAGGACCAGCCGGCAACUUUUAUCCAGCUCCAAACUUUAUUUCCUCCCUGAAGACACUCCCCAGGGCAGAAAUAGCGACCAUGGCGAGGAUGAAGUCAUUGCUGUUUCCGAGAAGGUGAUCGUCAAGCUUGAAGACCUGGUCCAAUGGGUUCGUUCCGAUUUCUCCAAGUGGAGAUGCGGCCUCCGUGCUGGGCCCGUGGAGGCCGAGGCUCUGGGGAGGAAUGGGCAGAAAGAAGCCCUGCUAAGGUACAGGCAGUCCACGCUGAACAGCGGCCUCAACUUCAGAGACGUCCUCAAGGAAAAGGCUGACCUCGGGGAGGAUGAGGAAGAGCCCAAUGUGAUCGUGCUCAGCUACCCUCAGUACUGCCGGUACCGCUCUAUGUUGAAACGCAUCCAGGAUAAACCAUCGUCUAUCCUAACGGACCAGUUUGCAUUAGCCUUGGGGGGCAUCGCGGUGGUUAGCAGGAACCCCCAGAUCUUGUACUGUCGGGAUACCUUUGAUCACCCUACGCUCAUAGAAAAUGAGAGCAUAUGUGAUGAAUUUGCGCCAAAUCUCAAAGGCAGACCACGCAAAAAGAAACCGUGCCCACAGAGAAGAGACUCCUUCAGUGGUGCUAAGGAUUCCAACAAUAAUUGCGAUGGCAAAGCCGUUGCCAAGGUGAAAUGUGAGGCCAGGUCAGCCUUGACCAAGUCUAAGAAUAACCACAGUAACUGUAAAAAAGUCUCAAAUGAAGAGAAACCAAAGCUGGCCAUUGGAGAAGACUGCAGGGCAGACGAGCAGGCCUUCUUGGUAGCACUUUACAAAUACAUGAAAGAGAGGAAAACGCCCAUUGAGCGGAUCCCCUACUUAGGUUUCAAGCAGAUUAACCUUUGGACUAUGUUUCAAGCUGCUCAAAAGCUGGGAGGAUAUGAAACAAUAACAGCCCGCCGCCAAUGGAAGCAUAUUUAUGACGAGCUAGGUGGGAAUCCUGGGAGCACCAGCGCCGCCACCUGCACCCGCAGACAUUACGAAAGAUUAAUCCUACCAUAUGAAAGGUUUAUUAAAGGGGAAGAGGAUAAGCCCUUGCCUCCAAUCAAACCUCGGAAACAGGAGAACAGUUCCCAGGAAAAUGAGAGCAAAACAAAAGUAUCAGGAAGCAAACGCAUCAAACAUGAGAUACCUAAGAACAAGAAAGAAAAAGAGAAUGCCCCAAGGCCCCAGGAUGCAUCUGAGGUUUCAUCAGAGCAAGAGAAGGAGCAAGAGACCUUAAGCCAGAAAAGCGUCCCAGAACCACUCCCGGCUUCAGAGGUGAAGAAAAAUACAGAAGUGUACCAGGACACUGCAGCGAGGACCCUGGCGUCCCGAGCAGACCCAGAAAAGGACAGUGAAACUGACCAAGGUCCCGCCGGUGACCAGGAAGCCGAGGAGGCGGGGGAGAAGGGCCCCGCACCUCCACUCCCCAGCACUCCUCUGGUGCCCGACAGGGAUUCAGCUGCCACCCCUGGGGCUAGCAAGCAGUCCCUCGCCUCUCCUGCCAGUGCUGUGAUAGACUCAAAGCAAGAAGCCAAACCCUGCCGUUCCACAGAGAGCCCCGAAGACGCCCUGCAGGACGCACCGUCCUUCCCCACCAUCCCCACCACGCAGCCACCACUGGCCGGCCACAGCGAAACGGAGGGGGACAAGUUACCGGCCAUGGCUGACUACAUCGCCAACUGCACUGUGAAGGUGGACCAGCUGGGCAGUGAGGACAUCCACACAGCUCUCAAGCAGAACCCAAAGGUCUUGGUGGUCCAGUCGUUUGACGUGUUCAAAGAUAAGGACCUGACCGGGCCCAUGAAUGAGAACCACGGACUUAAUUACACACCCUUGCUCUACUCCCGGGGCAACCCUGGGAUCAUGUCCCCACUGGCCAAGAAGAAGCUGUUGUCCCAAGUGAGUGGCACCGGCCUCUCCAGCAGCUAUCCGUACGGCUCCCCACCCCCUCUGAUCAGCAAGAAGAAACUCAUUGUCCGGGAUGACCUGUGUUCGAGUUUGUCCCAGACCCACCAUGGCCAGAGCUCUGACCAUAUGGCGGUCAGCCGGCCAUCCGUGAUCCAGCAUGUCCAGAGCUUCAAAAGCAAAUCUUCGGAGGACAGAAAGAGCAUCAGUGACAUUUUUAAGCAUGACAAGCUGAGUCGAUCGGAUGCCCACCGCUGCAGCUUUUCCAAGCAUCACCUCAGCAGCCUGGCCGACUCUUAUGUCCUGAAGCCAGACGCUCAGGAGGGCAAGGAUAGACUGUUAGAGAAGAGAGCGAUCCCUCACUCCCACAUGCCAAGCUUGCUGACAGACUUCUACUCCUCCCCGCACCUGCACAGCCUCUACCGACACACCGAACACCAUCUUCACAAUGAGCACACGUCCAAGUUCUCACCAAGGGACAUGUACCGGGAAUCGGAGAGCAGUGUCUUUCCCUCCCACAAACACCCCGAGAAGAUCCAUGUCAACUAUCUCGCAUCGCUGCACCUGCAGGACAAGAAGGUGGCCUCGGCAGAACCCCCUACUGAUGACCAACCAACCGAUCUGAGCCUCCCAAAAAACCCACACAAGCCCACCGGCAAGGUCCUUGGCUUGGCCCACUCAGCCCCGGGCUCCCAGGAGAGCAAAGGCAGCUCCCACUUCCAAGUGGUCAGCAGCCAGAGUCGAGACUGUCACCCCAAAGCCUGCCGGGUAUCACCUAUGACCAUGUCAGCCCCUAAAAGUUACACAGAAUCACUUGCGAGGGCAGGAAAGCCUCACCACGUGAGACUGGAGAAUUUCAGGAAGAUGGAGGGCAUGGUCCACCCCAUCCUGCACCGGAAGAUGAGCCCCCAGAACAUUGGUGCCGCGAGGCCCAUAAAGCGUAGCCUGGAGGACCUGGACCUCGUGAUAGCCGGGAAGAAGGCCCGGGCUGUGUCUCCCCUGGACCCAUCCAAGGACAUCUCUGGGAAGGAAAAGGCCACCGAGCAGGAGAGCGAGGGAGGCAAGGCGGCCUACAGUGGGCAUUCUGGGGGUGGACCAGAAGGCCACAAGGUUCCUCUGUCCUCCCCCAUCUUCCCAGGUUUGUAUUCUGGGAGCCUGUGUAACUCGGGCCUCAACUCCAGGCUCCCUGCCGGCUACUCCCACUCUCUCCAGUACUUGAAGAACCAGACUGUACUGUCUCCGCUCAUGCAGCCCCUGGCUUUCCACUCGCUCGUGAUGCAACGUGGGAUCUUCACAUCGCCAGCAAAUUCUCAGCAGCUGUACAGACACUUGGCCGCGGCCACCCCCGUAGGAAGCUCGUACGGGGACCUUUUGCACAAUGGCAUUUACCCUUUAGCUGCUAUAAAUCCUCAGGCUGCAUUUCCAACUUCCCAGCUCUCCUCCGUACACCCCAGUACAAAACUGUAAGUCCGAGCCCAGCUCUGCCCAGCGACAGGAACGCACGGCCAGUGGACCAUCCCUUUGACCCUGGAGGGAUGGCUUGCAGAGCUAGGAGCCAGUAUUCCUUCUCAUCUGGGGGCACGAUUCACCCCAGCCAUAGAGGUUGAGAAGCAAGGUGAAUAGGCCUAUUUUUCUGGGACAGCGGUGGCCUGGCUGGCCAGUCUUGUCCCCUCCUCCAACGUGGCUGUCCUGGUACGUCCAGGUCACUUGCUUUGCGUAUUGGUCUUGUGAGUGGGAUCUGCAUCUCUCCAGGAGCAACUUAGUAGACUUCCAGCUGAAUUUGGAUGUCAAGAAACAAUGUGGACAAGAUGGAGGGGCUGGCUUUUCAAAGGAAGGUCCAGGAGAGAUCGGCCAGCGUAGCCAAGGGAAGCCCCUCGUCAUAAAACUCUCCGAGUUCAAUCAAUGCAAUGUACAGUGGAAUUUCAAGAAUCUUUCAUUUUGACACUAUCUCUCAAAAAAUCCAGAGAAGUAAACACUGUUAAACUGUAUAUAGCUGCUUCUUAAAGCUACCCACAUCACUGUUUCCUCACCUAAUUUAUAUACAGGUGGUUCUGUUUUCUCUUUGUUCCUUCCAGUCCCCCCUGCCUCACCUCUUUUUUAAUUAAACAGUAUCGCUUCUGUUUGCAGGCCCUCUGUUUUUGUUUUUGUUGCUGUUGUUUUGUUUUUGUUUUCAAGGCUGACUGAGGUCCUAGUUGUUGAUGUGUGUGUCAUUUUUCCACAUCUUACCAUUUUGAGCAGCUUUGGGUGGUCAAGUUACUGUUUACAAAUUGAAGCAAACGGAUUGGCGUGGAGCAGAGGAAGAAGGAGGAGUGCAGCCGCGUUCUUGCAGCGCAGCGGCUCAUUCCUCAGAAACAGCAAAGCUGAGAGUGCUUAGAUACUGGCCAGAUGCUUUGCUUUGAAGUUUUGGGUUAUGUGAAAAUACGGAGCACUGCCCACCUUGUCCAGGCUGUGAGAACCAGCCCCAUGUGCCACAGAAGACCCAAGCCUCACUGUCAGCAAGCUAUGGCAGGAGCUAGAGGACAUACUUGUGGAUUGCACAGAUAUUUCAGGAAUUUCAGAAAUUAGAACAAGAGGUAGAGUGGCAUUGGUGUUGGCACUGUGUCCUUUAUGGUCGGGGAAGUGGGCUGGGGAAGCACGGAGCUCAACCGCCCAGCCGAGGAGGAAUGGCCGAAGACCUGACCACCAGCCUGGGACUGUGGAGUGGCAGGCCACUGCUGUCUCCAUCACCUGGUUCGUUGAGUUUCCUAAGAAGAGAUUCCUAGGUUGCAUCUUUGGGAAUAUCUGAAUUACCCAUUUCAAAACCAAGUCAUCUGCUCUGGGUUUGGGGGGUAUAUGCCCAUGCCCAGUGCUUGUAAUGGAGUUUUUGACCACCUGUUAGCUCCUGUCUGCUUUCAGAUUUCUUUUAUUGUUGGAAGGGAAUGACCAAGAUGCUGGGGCAGGCCUCAGUUGUGGAGAGUGCCAACUGUCACUCUUGCCCCUGUACUCUCACCCUUCCCGAGAGAUGUGGCAUCAGGGUGGACGUGUCUAAGAACACCAAGUCCACCAACAGUGUGGAUUUGCUAACCCGGCCCCACCACCCCUGCCAAAGGCUGCUUUAAUGAAUUCCCCAGCCCACGCCCCCUCCCCUAACUCUACCAGUAAACUUUAAAACCAGAGUUAACCAAGUCUUUUACCUCUGACAUAUUUAAGUCUAUGGGAAAAAAUGAUGACCGUUUUCAACUUCUAAAUAUGUAACUCUACUGCAAAAUAAUCCAAACCAGUGACAGUGAAACUGCGGCUCUUACGCAAAGCCAUGCAUGCCGUUCGUUUGUACUGCAAUGUCGCCAUGAGAUGAAGCCAAAUAUUCCAUGUAACAUACUUAAUAUCCAAAGGUGGAAAUAAAAGAAUGUGGAGGUCCAGUGUUAAGAGUUCCAUUUGCUUCAAUUAAUUAUUUACCUUCCUGUGGAAUAAUAUAUAAAUAUAUAUUUAAUAGAACCAUAGCUAGAUGAAUAGAAUUUAGAUCAUCCAAUGUGCAUGCAAGGGCAUCCUGCUACUUGCACAAGAAUGAGGGGAAAAUAAAACAAUGUCAGUUCCAGCCAGCAAAGAUGCUGGCCUGAACACACAUAGAAGAAAGUUGCACUAAAUUAAAUGGUCACAGAAUCAGAACGACGUAUGUGGGAGAUAAUGAGCCUGGUGAUUCUAUAGAAGGCAUGGGCUGGAUCACACGUGAUUUCAUGAGAACAAGUUUGUCUCUCAGAGAAAAUGGGGGCCCAUCUGUCCCCACAGGAGCUCGCCUGUCCACUUGCAAUGUGGGGCAUUUGCUUUCCCCAGUGCAUUCAUUUCAGUCUGGUUUCAUCACAGCACAGUUCGAACACGUGACUUUCAAACACCGUUCACAUAGCCUAGCUUUUGUUUGUCUCACGUCUUCUGAGAAUAGAUUCGCCCGUUACUACUUGAGGAAGUUUCGACCCUCGGCAAAACAUCAGGACAAAUAAAAGAGACAUGGGAGUGGGGUACAUCCUCAACAGAAGCAGUAUGUUGUUUGCUUGAAAACUCUCAACAGAGAUCUUGGAAAUUUUUCAGAAAGACCAUUGAGUUCUCCAUUGGCUGAAAACUGGUUAUAAACAGUCUUAAAUAGGACUUUGUUUGCAUUGCUUGAGUUCAAGGGGCCUUAUUAUUGAAUGACAUUGCACAAGCCUUUGUGCAAUCAAACCAUUGUGACUGGUCUUUCUGUAAAGGAAACUGCAGAGUCUAAUUGUCACUAGAGUCAUAAAUCUAUUUCCUGAGUGUGGCUUCCAAGAAAUGUUGCAAUUCAGAAUGCACUCAGUCUGUGAUUUAUUGGAGAUUUUGGAGAUUUCAAAUAUUUUUUAAAAUAAUAAAACAAAACUUUCCAUGCAACUUCUGAUUUGACUUUUAGCAACUCAACUUCAAAUUUAAGUAACACAAUAAAGUAAAACAAAAUGAGAACCAAGUUUUAGACCUAAGUAGUCUCUCAGUAAAUGAUUCAACCUUGUAAUAUUUGCCACAGGACUGACUUAUUUAUUUUCUAGCUAAAAGCUCUUAAGUUCACUUGCUUAUCAGGGCACAUACAGAAGGAUUUGUUCAAACUCAGUGUUGCCGUCACAACUCUCUGACCUGGUGCAUGAAUUCUCAAGUACUGUAUCUCACUGUGUUGGUGUGUCUGAUGGAAAUUUCGAAGUGGUCCCACACACACAAAAAAAAAUAUUUUAUGUAGUGUGCCUUCAAAGAGAACCAUUUAUUUCUCUUCACUUGUUGUCCCACAAAGUCACAUUUGGUGGUGGUCAACCAAGUCCCAUCUGGUCCAGUUUGACUCUUGUCCUGAGUUUCAAAAGAAAUGGGAGUGAUUUCGCCCUGGUGAGACCCACACCAUUGGAGUGAUGAUGUUGCGCACUUAAACUCCAGUGUUGGCUGUUGAUGUAUUUGAUAUUCUGCUUGUCUCCCCAUGGUUGAAAUGUCUGAAGAAUAACAGCAUAGUCUCUUGGCUGUUUAUACUUUUUUAAAAUUUCCUGUGUUGUAAAUAUUGUAUACUUUUCGGUGAUUCCGGCUAUGUAACCUCUAUGCUCUGUAAGGUGAUUAUUUGUAUAUAGUAACAUGGCCCAGUGAUGUUAUAUAGUUGCCCAAUGGAGAGGUUAUUGAGUAACCUUUGCGAUAGUUUAAACACUACCGGGAGAAUGCUGAGCCAACUAUAAACACUCGAUUUUGUAUGUUUUCCAAAUUGUACUUAUUACUGCUUUUGAUACUGUAUUACGUGCCAAUAGUUUCCCAAUCACAUAGCAGGCAAGAGAUAUUUUGUACUUUUUGAUCCACUGUAAUAUUUAAUAAAAAAUGUUACUAUCUGUUUC